AUGGGAGGGUUUAAUUCAAAGAAUCCUCAAGAGAGGAUGAAAAAGAAAAAAAUUCCUUCGUCAUCGUUCAGGAGACAAUCUCCUUUUCAAUUAAUUUCAAACAAAAAUCAAAAUUCUCUAGGAAAUGUAAAAGAUGAAAAUGAUGAUGAUAAGAAAGCCGUUUAUUCUAAUAUAAAAAAUGAUGACAUCGACAUGGCUCACCUCCUACAUUUCUAUUUUCGAUUUAUUUGGAAUGGUAAUUUCUCGAGUCCGUCAAUUGAUGAGGCUCUUCAAAUCGGUGCGAAUGUUUUGGACGUCGGGUGCGGCCCUGGUAGCUUAUUAUUGGACCUGGCUUCCACGUACACUAAAAGCACUUUUUUCGGCUUGGACCUGAAUCCUCUGUUUCCAACACAUAUAAAACCACCUAAUGUGUCCUUUUACGAACACGAUAUUCUCGACGGUCUUCCGUUCGACGGGGAAAAAUUCGAUUUCGUAUAUCUUCGUUUCAUGAAAGAUUUUUUUGAGGAAGAGGCAUGGAAGUACAAGGUCUUACCUGAAGUCUUACGCGUGCUCAAACCAGGCGGUCGGAUCGAGUUUAUGGAAUUGGAUCGAAAAUUUUACGAUACCGGACCCAUUACUUCAGAUUUCUCGCAAAUGUGGUUUGCUGGUAAACAAGAUCACUAUAUUUAUAUGAGCAUUCCGAAAUUUCAAGAGAUAAUACAAUCCUUUCAACCACAAUUGAUGUCAAUAACAACGGAGGAGAAGAUCAAUUAUUGGUAUCCUAUUUCGUCGCCGGAAUCGCAGAACACUGUUGACAUUGCAAAAGAACUGAUGAGGUUCAUGAAAGCAAGAAUAUUACAUUCGACGGCGAUGGAUAACCUUGAAUUUGAAGCGUUGGCCGAUAAGGUAACGGCCGAAAUCAUGGAGUAUAAGUCCUAUGGUAAAACAUAUCGUAUUUAUGCUCAAAAAAAAGUCCAUAAUUAA